GUUUCACAAAACAGUACAAGUCAAGUCAUUUUAAAGAGCCCUUUAAAGUCCCACAGAGAAGGAGUAUCGAUAUAUUUCAUCUACAAAUCGAGAAAAGCUCGGUUGUCCACUGUUGUUUGCCAAGUCUCCACUAUCGGGGACUUGACUCAGCAGCCACUCACAAUGCCACUGAAUGACGAACGUCCCACUUCCACAUCAACGGUGGCCAGUGAGGAGCAGAACAGCGACACAGAGUCAUCGGGAAGGUGCGACAGUCUGACCUCGUCUAGCGAUGUGGACUUUUCCCGCCAGAGCUUCACCAGCGAUUCGUCCAGCAAACACAACUCUCCUUCCUGCAGCCCACCAAAAACAGUAACGCUUGACGAGGUCAUGUCCUCGGCCCGGGACCUUUCUAAUCUGAGCCUGGCUCAUGAGAUCGUAGUCAACCGAAACUUCCACCUAGAGCCUCCAGAUCUACCUCAAAACAGCCUGGAGAAGAGAGUUAAGGAUAUGGUGCACAAGGCCUUCUGGGACUGUCUUGAAUCUGAGCUGAACAAUGACCCCCCUGAGUAUGGUCACGCCAUCAAACUACUGGAAGAGAUCAGAGAAACCCUACUGUCCUUCCUUAACCCCGGGGCCAACCGCCUGCGUACUCAGAUUAUGGAGGUUCUAGACAUGGACCUGAUCCGCCAACAGGCUGCCAACAAUGUAGUUGAUAUCCAGGGCCUUGUGUCUUACAUCAUCAAUACUAUGGGCAAGUUCUGCGCGCCGGUCCGAGACGAUGAAAUCAAGAAGCUUAAGGAGAAUUCAAGCGACGUUGUGAAACUGUUCAAGGAGAUCUUCCGGGUGCUGGACCUGAUGAAAAUGGACAUGGUGAAUUUUACCAUCCAGAGCCUAAGGCCAGAGCUUCAGAGGCAGUCGGUAGAGUAUGAGAGAGCCAAGUUUCAGAGCAUUCUGGAAAGAACUCCCAAUGCUUUGGACCACACAACCGAGUGGAUCAGAUCCUCAAUAGAGGAGGCCACUCAAGUCAUGUCAUCGACAGAGAAGAGCAGCAAUUCUGGGCAGAGCUGCAAACCCUUACCAGGGCCCACACUGGUGCUAAAUACUGCCUACAUAAGUCUUCUCACCUGGGACGAGAGCAAGGGCCCUCUGCCUGAGACUAUAAUUACGGACGAAUCGAGGUUGCAGGAGAUGCAGCGCUCUCUUCAGCUGUAUCAAAACGUUGCGUCUGUUCUGCUGAUAGUCUACAGCUCAAUAGGAGGAGCCGUGUCAGGCCUGCCCGCUCUUGUCGAGCGCCUUAAGAAGAUGACAGCAGUGCUGCUGGAGGGCAUGCAUAGAGCAGACUUCAACCUUAAUGAAGCUCUUGGUAACGUCAGCGCUCAGAUCUGCUGUGAGGUCAGCAAGUCUUUGGCUGAAAGAAACUUCCCAGUCCUCUCGACUGAACUGCAGGCAACUCUAAAGGGCCAGAUCUGUGACAUCACCCAGGAAAACAACCCAAUACGCACUCUUGUUGAGGGAAGGGUACAUCAGUACUUCAGGGUGGUCCUUGCCUCUACCAACUCUCACAGGACACCCCCUCCCGUACCGCCAGGCUUGGGUCUGAUCCAGCAGGAGCUCAUGGGACUGGGGGUCAGUUUUGUCAACCUCGUCAACUUCAACAAAAAGGUUUACGGUCCUUUCUACGUAAGCAUCCUGAAGAAUCUACUUUUUGUCAACACGCAAGCACCAACUCUGCAAAAUGGGAUCGCACAGAGUUCACCCAGCAGCCCACUGGAGUCCAAAUAGACAAGGAUGCUUCUUCUGUUCCCCGUUAUCAUACCCAGACAUUUCACUU